ACAACCUAACGUAACCUGUGAGUGACCUAACCUUAAAUUUUGUUGUAAAGAAAAUUCCAAACGUCAGAAUUUGUAUUUUUUCAGUGUGUAUGGUGUGUAGUGUUUUUGGCAAUAGUCACAUUAUAAAAUGAGUUCCUCCAAAAAUUCCAAAGGAGAGCAAUAUCACCUUCGUUGGAACAACUUUCUUCAUAACAUGGUGCAGAUAUUUUCUGAUUUGAAACAAGAGGGGCAACUUGUAGAUGUGACUCUUAUGUGUCAAGAACAACAAAUUAAAGCACAUAAAAUAGUAUUGGCCGCUUGUAGUGAUUUUUUUAUGAACUUAUUUACAACUAUUAAUGACGUUCAUCCUAUUAUCAAGUUCUCAGAUAUCUCCUUGUCACAUUUAAAGAAGAUAGUCGAAUUUAUUUAUCAUGGGGAGGUAAAGGUAGUUGAUGACGAUCUUCAUUCUGUAUUGACUUUAGGUGAAAUGUUUGGAGUCAAAGGUUUGUCAGCAGUUAAAAUGAAAGGACAAGAGAGUUCAUCAAAUACACCUGUAAAUAAACCAGUAAAUUAUACAAUUUUAAACAAAUAUCCAACAUUAACACCAAUCAAAAAUCUUAGGCGGCCUAGUUUAGAUGAGUCUACAAAUGAACCAACACAAAAGAAAAUAAAAGUAGAGUCUGAUUCCCCAAAUAUAGAAAAGCCGAUUAUUGUCAUAGAUGAUCACAAAGAAACUGAUAAUACAAGUAGUCAGAUGGAAUUAAUAAAACAACCAACAAAUUAUACCCGUCUACAAGAUAUCAGAAGUGAGGAUAACAACAAAAAUCAUACAACCAAACGUAAGCAAAAUGCUUCGAAGGUUAGUGAAAAAGGCCCAACUGAAAGACCCAACCCGUUUAUAUUAUUUUGCAAGGAUUGGAGGAAGAAAUUAAUAACCGAGCAUCCGGACGAGGAUUUUAAAAGAAUAUCUAUUCGUUUGGGAAGUUUAUGGAGGUCAUUGACGGCUGAAACUAGAGAAUCAUACUACGCACUUGCUCGUAAAACUUAGUUAGGCCAAACAGUUAAGCAACAUUAAGGUGGGGUAUGAUUUGAAAUAUUGAAUUUAUUUUUAUUAUUUCAAAUAAAAGUGCAUACUUUCAAGAAUACUCUCUGAAAUUUUCAAAAUAAUCGGAGUAAAAUUACCAGAGAUACAGCGCGUUGCAUAUCCCUACCUUCGACUCGCUUUGCUGUGACUUCGCGCCAGCAAGCUUGAGCGUAGUGAGAAACGUUAAAGAGCUGUUCGCCUUCUCUUUUGUAGAUUACUCCUCGAUUCAAAAACAUAUUCCAAUGUGCAUCACUUUACGAUUUGACAGACAAAUAAGAAGAUGAAGAAUGCUUUAAACGCAUUUUUCUCAAAACUGCUUUUUCAAAUGUGGUGGACAUUGUAACUGAAAAACUACUCGGCCGAUCUACCUGAUAUUUUGCACAGAUUUUCUUUAGACAUUUCAUGAGGUAACAACGUCGAGAUAUUUUUCUUUUUUUGCUUAUUAUUUGUUCAACAAUAAUAAAUCUGUUGAUUUUCACAAAAUUUUUACCAAAAAUUUCUUUUUUUAUUUCUGAGUGAUACCAAAAAUUCAAAAAUUAUUAAAAAUAAAAAAACUUGAUGUUGUGACCUCGUAAAACUCAUAAGCUAAUUAAAUCUUUUUGAAUUUUUUGUUUCGUAUGAUCUAGUGACGAGUUCUGAUGUCCACCGCAAAAUUCAUUUUUUUGUGAGCUGCCUGUCAAAAUUUGUCACCAAUGGCUUAUUUUUUAAUAUUUUGGACUGAAUUUUUUUCUAAAUAUUCUUUGAAUUGUACUUAAUAUGUUUAUGUAAUUUAAAAAUAAAAUAAUUGUUCCAUAGCUUCGAAAAAAAUUCACAAAAAUGA